GGGGAGCUGCUCGCAGCUCCCGCUCGGCCUUGGGCUGCCUGGCUGCAGUCUCCGUUUGAGCGCGGCCGAAGCGGCUGGCUCGCUUAAGAUGAGGUUUCUGCUAGUUCUCCUGGUGGCGGCGGCGGCGGUGAUCCGGAGCGAUGCCUCGGCCAACCUGGGCGGCGUGCCUAGCAAAAGAUUAAAGAUGCAGUACGCCACGGGGCCGCUGCUGAAGUUCCAGAUUUGUGUUUCCUGAGGUUAUAGGCGGGUGUUUGAGGAGUACAUGCGGGUUAUAAGCCAGCGGUACCCAGACAUCCGCAUUGAAGGAGAAAAUUACCUCCCUCAACCCAUAUAUAGACACAUAGCAUCUUUCCUGUCAGUCUUCAAACUAGUAUUAAUAGGCUUAAUAAUUGUUGGCAAGGAUCCUUUUGCUUUCUUUGGCAUGCAAGCUCCUAGCAUCUGGCAGUGGGGCCAAGAAAAUAAGGUCUAUGCAUGUAUGAUGGUUUUCUUCUUGAGCAACAUGAUUGAGAACCAGUGUAUGUCAACAGGUGCAUUUGAGAUAACUUUGAAUGAUGUGCCUGUGUGGUCUAAGCUGGAAUCUGGUCACCUCCCAUCCAUGCAACAGCUUGUUCAAAUUCUUGACAAUGAAAUGAAGCUUAAUGUGCAUAUGGAUUCAAUCCCACAUCAUAGAUCAUAGCCCCACCUAUCAGCACUGAAAACUCUUUUACAUUAAGGGAUUUUUUGCAAGAGCAGCGUGACUGACAUUAUGAAGGCCUGUACUGAAGACAGCAAGCUGUUAGUACAGACCAGAUGCUUUUUGGCAGGCUCGUUGUACCUCUUGAAAAACCUCAAUGCAAGACAGUUUUUCAGUGCUGGCACAUUUUGGAAUUCUGCACAUUCGUGGAGUGCAAUAAUACUGUAUAGCUUUUUUUCUUCCCCAAAUCUACUCAGUUAACAGUUUUUAAAAAAUGUAGACAUUACCACUUGUACCGUUUUUUCCUUAGUCAUAUUUGGAAAAGUAGAAAAUGGAGUUACAAUUUGACUUUCUUUUCAAAGAUGUCUGUUAAAUCUGUUGUGAUUUUAUAUGAAUUUUCCUUUUUUAUAGUUUAAAAUUGAUCUUUUUGGGAAUACGCUGAAGUUCCCAAAUAGUUUAUAAGAGUGUAUCAGGCAUCUUUAAUUUGGUCAUUUCCAAUUUAUAGUUUUCAAAAUACUGCAGAUUGUGAACAGUGCAUUAUAUGAGAUUAUGGGGGGAAAUCCUAUAUCCAGAGUACUCUACCAAUUUGUGUGUAUGUGCGUGUGUGCGUGUGUGAUUACCAGAGAAUUACUAAAAGACCAACUGCUUUUUAAAUACUGUUAAUGUAGUUCAAGUGUCUUGCCUUGACCAAUCUAAUGAGUUGAUUAACUGGGCCUUUAUACUUAACUCAAUAAAAAACUAAGCAGAUGUAAGUUAAAAA